UUUAGAAUUCGAGACAAGAGAGGGGUCGUGGAUGAAACGAAACUAAUUACCACUUUUUUCCAUUCCCGCGGGCUGAAGCUGAAAAGUUGUUUUUCCCAAAAGCCGCCGGUUCCACCUCCGCCAUGGCCUCGCCGCCCGUCGAUCCCAGUUCUCGGGAGGCUUUUCCGAGGAAGCAAUCGGCCCCAUUCAAGUUCUUGGUUCCUCUCGUUUACGCCCCUGUUCUUCCUCUCAUUAGAAUUGCGCUGCGGAAAAACCCUGUUGUGAGGGAUCGGCUGUUCACGGCGGUUUUGGCUGGUGCUUUUGCCCAUGGGUUUUACUUGGUGUAUCCUCUUAACCCUUAUAUUUGCUUUUAUCAUUGUCCCUAUCAUAUUGAAUUCACAUUCUUGAAUCUUGCUAUUUCCAUGUUUCUCUGUUCAUUUGUUGAUGAUAUGCAUCCGCUGUUCUGUAAAUUUAUCUUCUUAUCUAAGAAUUUUUAUGUUUGGCCCACCAUUAAUUGCUAUGUAUUGUAGAACCGAAUUGGUCACGAGAAAAAGGGGAUCUGACUACAUUUUGGUGGGGUAUUUAGACUAAUGUGGAUUUGGAAAUUAACGUAGUCUAAGUUCAAAA